GGUUGGAUGGACGCGAUAAGCAAUUUAUGCGCGCGUACGGCACGGCUGAUGGACCAAGUGUCCAUCGCAGAAGGCCAUUAUCCCCCGCGUUUAACCCUCUCCCGUCCCCGAAUUACUUCUAAACGUCAAUGGGACUAUCGGAGUUGGCCGCAAUUUAUAUGAAGCGUGCGAUAAUUUCCCGAUGAUACCUUACUCGUGCCCCUGUUAUGCAUGUGCAACACGAGGCGAUUUCUGCUUCUCGCAAUUGGACUUUGCAUCUUUAUUAUUACGUAAUAGCAUUAUGAGAUAACAAUUAUACAAUCAUGCAUAUGUAGAUACGCACUUCUCUGGCAUUAUUGUCUUUUAAUAGCAGAUGUUGGCAGUAUGCGAUCGAUCUUUUCCCGACGAAAACAUUGGGCCCUGUACGCGGUUAAAAAUCGUUAAAAAUCCGCCUUGGAGUCGCGACUGAACAGCGGAAGUAAAGGUCACGACGCUGACAUGAAUCGCAUCGCAUCGCAUCGCAUCGCGGGUAAUAAUAGCGUUAGGAUUUUGCGUGGUGCGUGCGGAACGCAUCGCGCGUCGUGUCGAUAAAACAGCGAGACGGUAGAGCGGCGAGCAUCGGCGGAGUUGCGCGUGUGCGGCCGCAGAUGUCACCCGUGUCGGCAGGUGCGCUCGGCCAAUAGGCGCGCGCGUAGGUCUCCCCGCACCGCCGUCCACUGGUGCUCCUACGGUGGCACGAACAGUGAUCGCAAUAUGGCUUCCGCCAGCGCCAGCGCGAGUGAGAGUACGUCCGAUAGAGGUGACAUCGGGUCAUGUCGAGGUAUUCGGAGGUGCACGGGCGGUCGCGCGCGUAAAACCCGCUGCGUGUCGCUCUCACCGUCGCGCGGACUUGCGUGGUCGCGCCGUUAACGCCGCGAAUACUCGCGAGUGUAACAAAACAAUCACGCUACUUGCGAAGGAAGACGAAGGCAGGGAGAGAGAGAGAGAGAGAGAAAGGGAGAAGUGGACGGACCGAGUGAGUGAGUGAGAGAGAGAGAGAGAUCACGAAGUGCACUCCGCUUCGUUCGAAACGUUCCUGCAUGAUUCCGCGCGGCAGGUAGGACGAAUCGAAUCGAAUCGAAUCGCUGCUUCACGUCGUUUCGGAAAGUUCCGCGCCGCGGAAGAAACGCCAGGACGCGUUCUCGCGGGGCAGAUAACGUGUCGCCGAUUGUCUCGCGCGCGUGCAUUCCGGUGACGGGAUCGAGUGAGAAUCGGGAAGAAAAAGGACAAGUGUAACGAGGGAGAGAGAGAGAGAGAGAGAGAGAACUCAUAGUCCGCGUCGCGUCUCCGAGACGAGAACGCUCGUGUAAACGCACCACCGUGCACCGGUCGUGCCUGCGCGUAUGUGUGCGUGCGAGCGUGUCGCGUGCGCACAGGUAGAUGCACAUUCGGAUGCAGGCGGACACGUCGCGGCGAGAGAGCGGUGAAUGAGCGGGAAGUCGCGAACCCGAGAGACAGCGCGCGACAGGGAUAGAUAGAUAGACAGAGAGGGGGAGUGGAGCAAGGGAACGAGAGUGAGCGAGAGAGACGGGCAGGAGGGAGACGCGCGCGGGGUGCAUGACGGCGUUUCGUCGGUGCGCGAGGCGACGUUGCCAGAGUUUUCCCCCGUCGCGUACUCCCGCUCGCGUACACGCUACUACUACUACAGCACCACGGCGUCACACGAGGGAGGAAAGGAGGGCGACAUACGCGAGCGCGACGUCCUACGUGCGACGUUUACGCAUCGCCGUCCGUCGUCGUCGUCGUCGUCGUGGUAGCGGUAAUAGUAGUGGUAGUAACAGCGGUGCGCGAUCGCCGCCGCGUCGCGCUAACGAGUAUCUGGACGCGGACGAGUAUCGUUCGGCCUCCCCGGUGACGAGAACCCGACGAGGAGGUAUUACGCGUACGUGUAUUGGCCAUGGAACGACGCCCGACGACGCGCGGCCGCAGCGACACGUGACAUGCCGAGCCACAAGCCAGCGCAAGCCAUGAAGAAGCCGCCACGCGUGGAACGGGACCGACUUCGAGAGCGAGAGCGUCAGGCCCGCGCGGCGAUGUCGGUCCAGGCGGAGCAGGCGGCUGCGGGAGGCGGUCCUGAUACGAGACACCAUCACCAUCAUCAUCAUAAUCAUGUGCAUCAUCACCACUCCAACGUGCAUGUCUCCGCAGUUACGCCCAACUUGUUCCGCGCUCCAGUUAGGGUGAACCCGGACGCUCAUGAUCGUACCACGCAGCAAAUUCAGUCCAAGCUAGGCAACUACUCGCUGGUGAAGCACCUCCUGGACGAGCCUAAGCGUCUGAUCGGUAUCGAUGGCAUCCCAGCGAGCCCGGCGCCGUCGCCGACGCCCUCUCCGCACAAGAGCAGCUCCAGCAGCUCCGGCAGCUCCACCAGGAGUUGUUCCCCGUCCUCGGUUCAGGAGUUCAAGAAACCCGGUGGACUCAGGGGCUCGUCGUCUUCCUCUUCCGCCAGCUCGUCCGCGAGCCAUCAGCAGCGGGGUGGUUUCGUCAAGCCUGCUGAUAGCAAGCCACCCUACGGCGGCCGUGGCGGUUAUCCGGGCCAACCGGCAGUGAAACACGGUGGCAGCAAUAGCAACGAUCACCGUAGUCACGGCUUACUUCCGGCCAAGGGCCCGCCGCCACCGGCAUCGCAGCCCACCAAUUCUCCCGUGGGGACCGCGCCACCGAUUGGCAAUUCCGGCAGUUCCGGUGGCAGCCUCGCGAGCCGCGCUAACUUCGCUGGACGACUGAAGUUAAUCGACGUCAACGGGUCUAACUCGAGGACGAUCGACAAUUCUCCGGAUGUAGAAAAUAUUUUGAAGGAGAUGACAGUGCCGUUCACGCCGUUGACAGCAAUCGCGCAGACCCCGCGGAAGGAGCAGGAAUCCAAGUUCACCUUCAACCCCCAUCUGGCGAAGUUGACGGAAGUUACUCCGCCAGAGACCGUGAAGCCCCAACGCGAGAGGCACAACGACAGCAGACUGCCCACCGAUCUCGAGCGGGAUCUGAGUCUUUCUGAGGAUAGCGAAGAUGACGAGGGCAAGGAAACAUCGUCGAGGCCGACGAGGGGCAACAGGACUCCGGAUCUCCCGGCUGAUCUGUCAACGCCAUUGAUCUCGGCUAUGGCAGCAGCCCCACCUCCACCUCUGGCACCGGUAUCACCGAUAGACAUGUCGCCCAUGGGGCCACUGUCACCGUCACGACCGAUCAGUCCGCCUAGAUACUCAUCACCACCACCGAAGCGGUCGACGCCGGAACGAGUGUCUCCUGCACCUGUCAAUCCCUUGCAAUCCGCGUGCUCUCCAGUUAACGCAGCCGUCGCCGGCCAUCAGAGGCCACCGAGUCCGGCCGGUGAGGCGCCUCAAAGCUCGGGCAGCGCCAGUUCAAGCUCAGACUCGGGCUCGGAUUCCGGUUCGGACAGCAGCGAUUCCGAGGACGAGGACGACCGUGCGUCCGCUCCACCGCCUACUAAGGGUCCCACGACACCGCCUUUGGCGUCGCCUAAACUGGAGAACGUAGUUGAGGAGCUGCCACCCGCUGUUGAAGAGUCCAAGCGCCGAUGGGAUCUCAGCUCGUUUUUCAACAAGACGGCGGUGCAACAUGGUGAUCAGAAUUCGGAGUCCAAGCCGGCUCAGGAUAAUGCUAGGCGAGACGAUACGCUUGGAGCGACAACGGAAACCAGCAGACCGCACAGAGAACAGUCUCACGAUUGGCAGCUUGACGACGGAGCUCUGAAGAGGACGCACAACACGUCGAUGAGGAAUCUCCUCAGCGACAGUGAUCAUCACUCCGAGGAGAAAAAUCGUCAGCUGAUCGAAGAUAAUCGCGCCCAGGCGGAGAAGCCGAAAGCAGCCGAUACUAGAAAGCGGCCAGGGCGACCCAGGAAGUCUGUCAAGAGUCCCAAGCGCAGCCACCGUACCUCAGACGAGAGUCUGAAGAACAGCAAAUCACGCAGUCGGACGAGAACGGUCGCAACCUCCAGCAAGAAGAAGCAACCGAUUUCGAAGGCCACGGUGGCCACUAGCGACGACAACAGUGACUUCAGGUCGCACGUUGCUUCCAGCGAUUCCGACAGCGACCGUCGUGCGGCAAAUGUGGCGGCCACAGUACCGGCGAUCACCGAGAAAAGAAAGAGAGUGAGUGCAUCGUCGAGCGACGACGAGAGCUCACCACCGAGUAGGAAGAACAAUAAUAGUGCCUCCGAGGAUGACGCCGCGCGAUGGAGAAGGGUCGCCAUCAAGCGGAACAAGUUGUCGGACUCUCCGAAGAAGCAGGACAAGAAGAAGAGCCCGUCCAAAGGUAAACCGAGGCGGCCCAGGUCUAGAGUGAACAACGUUUCUGGCGUUCCAGACUCGGACUCUGAGGCUGAGAUCGAUUUGGAGGCAGUCAUAAGAAACAAUCGCAUCCAAGUUGCGAGAGUGCCUCCUAGGCCACGAGCACCACCCACGAGGGCAGCCUCACCCGAAAAUUCGGACAGUGAUAACAGUCCGGCAUCCAAGUUGCAAGAAGACGAUGCUGGCAACGUUCAGGAUAAGAAAAAAAGUGACACGUUGCGCCACGUCUUUUCCAAGAGCGGCGGAAAGGGUGGGGGGAAAGGUGGAAAAGGUGGUAAGGGCGGUGGUAAAUGUGGCAUUUACGUAGAGGAGUAUACAAGUAACUCAGCAACGCACACACCGACAGGCGGAGACAGUCCCUACAAGAGACCGUCCUCGCGAAUGUCCAGUGCCGUACUGAAUUCCCUUCCGCCGGUCGUUCAUUUGAACGGCACGCCGAGUCUUUUAUGUAAAGUUGAUCUUAGCAAGCUUCCGCACAUAUCGCAAUUAUCGAGAGGACAGGAAUUGAGGCAGCGCACGGAAUUACCGGACACCAGGCCGUCUUCGAGGCAGCGACCGUCUUCCAGACUGGCGGCGCAACCGCCGAGACCGCCAACGCCAGAAGAGGGCGAGAUUGUUGACACCCCGCCAUCGCAGCAAGUCUCAUCGGACCACUUGAGAAUCCAUCGCGACGGACUGCUGACUGCUAGCGACGCCGGCAGAAGUUCACGUUCAGUGGUGAAGACCGAGUCGAUCGCAUCGGACUCGAAGAGCGGUGCUGUGCUCGGCGGUGCUAGUGGUGCUGGUGCGAUUGGCCGCGGUAGUGGAUCCAAGAGGAAACGUAAUCCAAGUGGUAGUUCUAUAUCCAGUAUGAGUCCUGUUCAAUGUUCGGUGGACGCGAAAACCAAGAGCUCGUCCGAUCAUAAGGACAGGAAGAGACAAAGAAGACACGCAACGAACGACGAUCCAUCGUCCAGAACCGUGUCGAGUCAGCAGAACGACAUCCAGCCAACAAAUCAUGAAAGGGUGGACAGGCAAGAUGCGAACUUGCUGCCGCCACCGCCUGUUCCACCGCACCGCGUCUUUUAUUCUUACUUUGAUCCUCAAAAUGAAGUCCCAGAGGAUCAGGAGAGGUAUAGUUCUUGGCUCGCGUGUGAUGAUUUUUUGAAAUUGGACCAGAACCAGUACCUGACAGAAGCUAAGCGAUUGAAGCAUAAUGCCGACGAGGAAAACGAUCUUACAGCACAGGGCAUGAUGUAUCUAGAAGCGGCAUUAUACUUCCUUCUAACUGGCGACGCGAUGGAAACCGACUCGGUUACGGAGAAGGCGUCGUAUACCAUGUUUAAGGACACUCUUAGUCUCAUCAAAUACAUCUCGUCGAAAUUCAAGAGUCAAUCCAACAACUCACCUGAAAGCAAUAUACACACAAAGCUGGCUAUACUAAGCCACUGGUGUCAAUCCCUGCUAUAUCAAAAACUCUUUAAUUUACGAAAGCAGGAAGUAAAGGAAAUACAAAAGAUUAUGGCCGACUACAAUCAAAAGCCUGCUCAAACGACGACACCGAUGCAGCCCGAGGGACAGGGUACACCAUCCCUGUCGCCUACGCCUUCGCCUGCUGGUUCUGUUGGCUCCGUUGGAAGCCAGAGUUCUGGAUAUAGCAGUGGUGAAUUGGCACAUCGUGGUGCAACGUCGGGGCAGGGUCCAUCCGGACAAUCUGUCAAUUUGUCUGUACAUGUUCAUAAUGCGGCGAUUAAGCAAAGUCAACAUUUGGGUCUCCUUAUGAACAGCUUGGAACUGUGGGAUCAGGCAAUAAACAAGGCGAAGGAAGAGGAGCAUAGAGAAUUUUUCAUCGACUUGGACCAGCGAUUGGGACCCUUGACGCAGAGCAGCUCGCUACGCCAACUGGUGCGUUACGUUCAAGCGGGCAUAAAGAAAUUACGAGCCCUCUGACCACAGUGGCACAGCCCCCGACCACCCACUCCGAACUACAUUACCUCUCUUCCUCAAAAUAUGGUCACUUACCCGACCAUGUUCACGUAGUUGCGUAGCGUCGCGUCGCGCAGCGUUAUAUUAUGAUGUUGCACUCGUUACCCUAACGGUGACGAACGACCGUAGCACCAACCAACCAACAGAACGACAGAAACGCGACGAACAGGCACGUUGCUAAUGUGGCAAGAAUAGAUUAUUUUCUUCAAGAUAAGUGGUCUCGGGGGGGAGGGGGGGCAUUACCAAAUCGAUAACAAGGGUCACAAUCUGGAGAAGAAAAGAAAAGAAGAGAGAGAGAAAGGCAAGGGCAGAUUGUUAGAAUUUCUGAAGGUCGGACGGUCCGGACGACAUGGGGGCAUUCUUCAGAAAACUUUAGCAAAUUAACCUAUAGUCAAUUGCGAAGUGCGUGCCUGAAGAGGCAAGGCGGCAGAAGCGGUUGGGAACGGAAGAAAGGAACCGCUCAUCUUAGCACGGUGCACAAUGAAUCUCGUGCACUCUGUUUGGAGCACGCGUUCUUACUUUGGCAGAAGCGCAAUGAAGAAUCGUCGGGAAGAGCGCAAAUUUCGGAAAAACAGACGCAAGCACGUUCCAGAUUUCUCAGUGGAUAGAUAUCGAUCGGUGAUAUCUUGUGUCUAUUUUUCCGAAAUGUUGCGCUUUUCCCAAAGUAACGCUCCAAACAAAGUGCACAAGGUUCAUCAUUGUGCACCGUGUUGAGAUAAGCGGUUCCUUUCUUCCGUUCCCUGUCCCAAUCGCUUCUCCUGCCUUUCGUAAAAGCUGAUGUAUGGGUAAUCAUGUACUUGCGAUCACUUUGGAAUGAUCUUGAGUCUGACACAUUUUGUCCGGAUUAUUGAGUAAUUCGUCACACACCUGAUCGCGUGAUCGCUUACAUGUAAAAAGUUAUUAAUAACAUUUAAUUAAAUAGAAUUAAAUUAAAAAUUAAAAUUAAAUGUACAGAUACGGACAAAUAGUCCAUUAAUAAACCUGAAUUUUAAUCCUUUUGACUUUAAUAUUUGAAAUCAAAAAACAUAUAUGUAUGAAAAAAAUAAAUGUUGCAAGGGUGGGUUCUCACAAAAUCUAAUGUAGUUAAAAUUACAUUCUCAUAUCUUGUUUCUGAUAACAACGCAGGCAACGUAUCAUAUGUAAAGAUUAUUACAUAGAAAGUGCGAAAUUGCAAGCAUUGAAUGUGAUUGUAGAUUAUGUUAGGUUUUUUGGGAUAAGGGUGGGACGCACAUUUAAUAAUUUCAUACAAUACUGCAAAAAGAUCACGUUUCCAUCGUUUAAAUUUUCUUAUGUAAUAUUUAUUUCUUUGAUUUCUUUUUUACAUAAUAUUAUUUAUUAUUUAUUAUAUAACUUAUUAAAUAAUUUAUUGCUUCAUACUAUUACAUUACUUUAAAGUAGCAUGCAUAGUACUCUGUACUACUUUAAUAUUACAAAAAGACUACAUUUCCAUUGUAAUUUAAAUUGUUUGUUGGAGUCUUUAAUGCACAAUAACGACGGUUGAAAUGUUACUCAGGAUCCUGACAACACGAGUCGACAUCAAGAUCAUUCUUAUAGUGCUCUCUGAAAGUAAAGAAUUAUCAAGCAUGUACAGAUGUAUCGAUGAGAGAUAAAGUCGAGAGAAGAAUCAGACUUUGAGAGAAAAGAGGAGGAAACGAGAGGAGAGCAAAAGAGAAAGAGAAGAGAAAUGAAGUGAAAUCAUAAAGGGUUACUUAGAAGUGCCACUGAAAAGCGCCCGUGUGUUCUCGCUUCACGGUGCGCCACAACUGACGUUACCUGAAGCAUGAGUUUCGUUUCGACGAUUCGAGUGCGAUGAAUAUAUAAUAUAAUAUGUAUACAUAUUUAAUAUAUAUAUAGUUUAUUACCUAUAUAAAUAUAUAAAUAGUUAUAAAUAUAAGAAUAUAUUUAAAGAGAUGAGACGAGGGAAAAAGAGGAGAACGGAGAUAAUGCAUCUCGCGCGCCGGCGCCGCGCUUCACUAUAGGGGAACAGAUGACAGUUGUCGUUCGAGAAUAACGGAUAGAUAUCGUGAUAGAAGAAGAAGCAGCAGCAAAAAGGGCAAAAGGCGGUUAUAAAGGGGUUCUCGGUGGAGGGACGCGCGAGCAACUGGAUCAAGCGAUGUACUAUAGUUACGUCUGACGUUUGCGUGCGAUUCCUUUUUGUAGAUAGACCACGGGGGAAGUAAUUUUAGAUUAGGAUAAUUAAUAUGCGACAGAGAGCAGUAACACAGGCACGCAGCAGCGACGAUCGAUACAUAUUAUUUACAUUAUCUAGAGCUAACCAGGGAAUAAAGUAGAGAAUCCAUAGCGUGACGAGGGAGAGGAAAAAAAAAAGUAAGAGAAGAGGAAACUACAGAUAUACCGCGUACACAUGUAUACAUAGUAUAAUUUAACGAGAGACACACAAGCAAAGAGGAAUAGCGAGACGAAGCGCCGCGCGAGGAGCGUGCUAAGAGGCGAUUGGCCAACGCGUGUUCGCGAUUAACGAAGAUCUCGUACAUAUGUAAAUACAUAUUUUUCGCAGUACAGUAGCGUAUAUAUUUGAUAUGCGCGUUGUAUAUAAGGAGGCACACACGUGUGUAGAUGUAUUGACGUGUGCAAGGAUAUAUCUCGCGGAUAUAUGAUUCAUACCGCGCGCGCGCGGUACAUAUAUAAUAUAUUUAUAGAUACAUAUUCGAGAUGGUUGCUCGUUAUUUGGGAGUAACGUGUUGCCCGAGCCCGUGGACGAGCACUCUCUUGCGCGCGGACGCGGAACGACAGAAAAAGCGCAAAACGGAUAAAUAAGUUGCUCAUGUGUAUAUUUUUGUAAAUAGGUAUUUGUGAGUGCCGCCGUCUUGAGGGCGAUCUAUCGCACUUGAAUCUGCGGUAGACCGGCCCGCCCCAAUUUUUGCUACCAAGACCUUGUUGAGAAUCAGCGAAUGUCUCUGGUGAGAGAUCGCAAAACAUAAAAAAAACAGAAGCGAGCGCAUAAGCAGACGUAACGAACAAACACGUACAUACACGACGAAAAAUGCCCGUUGGAUCUGAUUUCGAAAAAGUUUCCUCGAAGAAUUCACUCGUCCGCGCUUUCCCUUUCUUCUUUUUUUUUUAUAGAACCGUAAUCGUGGAUGCAUCCAGAGUUAUACUCUCCCGGACGAGUCUUUGAUCUGUCCCCGUUUUUACGAUCGCUUCUCGGUAUCGACCGCGACCAAAAUCGCCUCGAGAAACAUUUUGAACGUGUCGCGGCAGCUUCGUUGUUCGAGUUCUCCAGAGACCCGACUCGCUUCGCGUCUCAAAACGCGUCUCUUCCCCACGUUCGGUCGGAGCGAUCGGCGACGUUCACCAGUGACUUGACGAGUGAUUUCGCGGCGGAAAAACGUGAGCGAAUCGCCGUAUCUACUUUUCUCGAUAGAACGCCGGAAAUAAUGAAUAAUCGAACUUGCGAAAUCUAAACGCACGAACCGCAGGGAGCUGCAUCCAUUCGGGAGAUCGAUGGAAACGCGAUCGCGUAGUCUGACAUAUCCAACUCGAGUUUAAUUCUCCAAAACACUGAUGAGCCUCCCAAUCCCCGUUGGGUUGGGGGUGAUCGGGAACAUUCUGCGAAAACGUAGGACCAAUUAUCAUUCGUACGAUAAAAAAAAGAAAGAAAUUUACUAUCAUCCCAUUGCCGAUGUUGUUCUGAUCGUUAAGAAAAAAAUCUGAAGCAGAGAUGCAGGUGGACGCAAACGGAUUGGCGGGAUGAACGAUGGCCCAUAGUUACUAAGCGCGGUCCAAUGGUUCACGGGAUACAAUUUUAUAUUUCGCGAGUGCUGAAGGGAUAAAGUGGUGAGAGUAAAAAUUUUAAAAGAAAGAAGAAGUCUACUAAAAAGAAGCUUCGAUAUUUUCGAGACACGUAUUUAUAGCAGAUACAUACUAUAUCAGGCCCCUUUUCCCGCCAGGCCGGUCGCCCGAGACGUGUGGAAACGCGGUUUCGAGAUUCUUUCGGGAUUUCCAAGUCGCAAGUUGGCGGGUUCUAUCGAGAAAAGCACACGACCGAGUGACGUGUACUGCAAAAUGAUGGAGCACGGAGAGGAUGCGAGUUUGGUACACGCUCGUCGCGCGGUAGGCGUCGAAAUUGUCGACUUUAUGUAGAUAGAUUUCCUUUCGAAAUAUUCCUUUCGAUAUUUUUGAGCUGAUGUAUGUUCCUGUACGACUUCCAAAGAUAAAGCGAAGGGUGCUGUUGGUCCGUAGUGCUCGGGUAAGUCAGGCGACUUUCGAUUAGAAGUUACUCGUUUCUUUUCCGGUUCCUCUUUUAGUUUCAUUUCAGUUUACCUUUUAUGAUUUCUUCUUUCUCUUCUGUUCUUAGCGGUGAUGAUUCGACGUGAGUGAUUCGCGGAGUCGCGUCGCGCUAGUUUUGCUGUUCUACGGAACAACUAUUGUCGAUGUCAUCGUUACUGUUAUUGUUAACGUUGAUGAUAUUACCGGCGAUAGGCGAUAGCAGAUUACAAUUGAUAAUAAUAAUUUCUAUGAUAAUCAUGUAACAAUAAUAAUCAUAAUCGUAAUGGUAACAGUAACGAUAUUACCAUUCGCGUAUAAUAAUUAUUGCGUUUACGGAUAAUACUAUAGUCGUUAUCAUUCUUUUUUUUUUCCUUUUUGAGAUAUUUAUGUGAAUGAGAGAGAAUGCAGAAACGGGGCGAAGUGAUGCGUGGGAGAAAUAAACGGAAGACGGUAGCGUACGCGUAUUUUUCACAUUGAAGAAAGUACAUUAUUCCCACUUUCAUCCCCCCCCCGCCCCUCCCCCCAGAAUGAGUCUCAAUCGGACAAACGCGGUCGCGCGACAAAUAUCACGCUCGUGUCUGCAAAACAAGCCCUCGGCAGAGUUUGAUUAACGCCGUUUGAUUUAGUCUUGUAGUCUGUAGAACACUCACACACGCGUAUUACCCUCUAUACAUGUAAAAUAUAUUUAUGUAUAUAUUGUUUAUAUAUAUACAUACAUACAUAAUAUACAUUUUUUGCAUAUGUAUAUAAAAGAGACGAAAUAUAUUCGCAAAUGCAAUGUUUUAAUCACGAUUAUAUUAGACGUUAUUGAUAUUAUUACGCUGAAAGGAAUUAUGCGGCAUGGUGAUUUUAUUACAUUUCUGCAGAGAACGUGUUGUCUACUAUCCAAAUUCGUAUGCAAACGUGUGUUUUAGCCACUGCUAAAUCUCCCUGUCUGCAGCGAUUGUGCCAAAAAAAA